UGAAAAGAUAUCCAAUAGCACCAAGAUUUCACAUCAGGUGAUGCUUCAACAACGUAGUUUAUCGAGAUAUAAGGAUAGCAAGGAGGUGAUGGACCUCAAACCAUUCAAGCUGGACAUUGAUGAGCUCAUACAGGAGUUUGCUGAGAGUGAAUCAACUACCUUGACUGAAUUCAAAAAGAUCUGGCUUUCGAGGAAGUUCUCAUUUAUAUUCGAGGCUAGACCUUCCACUAACCAAGGUUUCUUUAUGCAGUCAUUGUAUGCACAUUCCAUCGGUCACAUGAUUUCAGCAGGUUCUCUCUCAAUUAGAUUGGGUGGGCUCUACUGCUUGUAUUGCUUAUACGAAACACAGCCAUUCAAGCCACCUUCCAAAAUUUAUUUAUCUCUUGGCGAGUUGAGGCAGCUCAAGACCCUUGCCCUUGAGGCAAAGACAAGGGGUGUGAAAAUGGUUUCUACUUUACUGAAGAGCAUGUUAGAAAGGAACAUGUUUCUUUUCGGGUUUGUAGGUGUAAAUGAAGACUCUGCCACAAAAAGAGUGAAUGAGCUUACGGAUAUACAGAAUGCUCGUGUCCAAACAGCUUAUAGGAAGUUAUUUGCUGAUUCGCGACUGGGCCACUUCAUCCACAUGGGCCUGGGCACGGAGCUUGAUGUCAAUUUGCUCAAGGAAAAAUCAUCUGAUUAUGCAUUGGCCAAGGAAAUUGCCAUUAAAGAGGCUGGCCAAGUGAUAGACGUCCAAAAUAUAACGCACAUAGUUGAAGAUAAGAGAGUGAUAGGGGAGGUGGUGGAGAAGGCUGCUACAGAUUGGAAUUCGGAGAAAGAAAUGUUGUAUGAAAGAACAGGUCUUCCUGUUGCUUUACCUCAGGACAACGAAGAAGAACAAGAAGAAGAAGAAGAGAACGAGUAUGCAAGUUACAAUCAGAAUAUGCAAAAUGGCAAUAAAGAAGAAGCUGAUACUUUUGAUAGCCUCCGAGCAGCCCAUCGCGAACACUUUUCUCCCGUUGACGAGACCACCGGCGGUGGCCCCACAUACGAACAGCACCGCGCCGGAGAGCCGUUCGAGAUGCCACAAGUCUCAGCCGCACCAGCGUCGGCGAUCGAUCUCCAGCCGUCCUCGCCGUCGCAGCCGCGAAGAAACGACCGCACCUUGACGGGGAGGCAGAACGCCGCCAAGAAUGGACGGCCCAGAUUGAACCUGAGGUGGGUAAAUCUUGUGUUGGACCCUGACCCAGAUAACAUAGUGGCCGUUGGAUUGACUGGCCUGCUGACUUGGGCCAGCGUGCAGUUU